GAGGCUGUUCCACCGCUCGCUUGAGCCUGAUAGGUAUAUAGGCAAGACAAUGAGGUCAUGGCCAAAUGUGAAUAGAACUUGGAUUGAUUGGGUUGAUCGGGUAGCAAAGGCGAAAGGAAAGGUCUGGAAGGCUGCUGGGAUCUACGAUGCUAUUCAGCUCUCGAAGAUUGAUAUUCCCAUGGACAAGAAUCUGCUUUAUGCUGCGUUGUUCUUUUGGUCAGCCUCGACUAAUUCGUUCCAUUUUAGGUUUGGGAUGAUGAGCCCGACGGUACUAGAUGUAGUUGCAUUGACGGGGUUUAUGCCACACGGGGAGGAAGUCUGUGGUGUUCUCAGCACGCUUGAAUCGAGUGAGGAUUUUGGUAUGAAAAGGGUAAGUAGCGACGAGCAGUUUAACUAUUGCAAAUUCUUGGAUGUCUCGAUGGGGGCUGUUGCGGUGACAGAGGACGAACAUAUCUCGUUUCUCGUUAUGUGGCUCUCGAAAUAUCUGCUCUGCAAUUCUUCUCCUAGCAUGAUGAAAGAAUAUACCAAAUUGGCGUUUGCCCUUUCUGCUGGCAGGAAGCUCGCGUUGGCUCCUCUCGUCUUGUCUAGUCUCUAUCAUGUAUGCAGGGACAUCGUUGUGAACGAGUUUGAUGGUGGAGGGGGGCCUUUGUGGCUCUUACAGUUUUGGAUACAAUCGUACUUUCCAGAAUAUCGACCUUUGAUAUCUGAUGCUGUUAGUGCUCCAAUGUACGGGUAUCCUUUGGCUAAAGGCGUGUUAAGGGCUAAAACCUUCAACCAAUGCUUCACGUUCUUCCUCACAUGCUCGUCUAGACCUCCUAGUCAGUUCACUCCAUUUUCUUGUGGAACUUAUGGUCCCGAGUGGUUUAAGAAGUCACUUCAUCCCAAAUUUCAUAAACUCCUUCAUUCGAAAGAGGUGAACGAUAUUUGGGCAAGUUACCUUCUUCCACGUGACCUCCACUAUAGUCUCCUUGUGGAUGGAUCUCCAAAUUGCAAAUGCAAAUGCAGAGUAGAACAUUAUAAUCCAAACCAAUUUGCUCGACAGUUCGGGAUGACACAGGCUGUCCCUCUUCCUCUGUCGUUGGAUCGUGUUGAGGAGGCCGAUUCAAUGUUUGAUAGACUAAAGAGAAAGUUCUCUUUUGUUCACUUUAACAUUAGUCCAAAAACUACUCUAUUUUUUGAUUCCUGGUGGUCGGCUUAUAUACGUAGUACUCAAACAAGCUCACCCGAAAAAAUCAUCAGCAAGGCACCGCCAACUAUAGUUAAUCUCAGUUCACAUGCCAUGCGAGCAAGGCACGAACAGUCUGCUGCAGAAUUUGCCAGCAACAAGAAAAUGAAGUGCGAAGGGAAUUCUGUAUGUUCACAAACCCCGUUUCUCAAUAGACGAAAACCCCCACAUAACAAAGCGGGGAAGCCUUCGAUAAAGAAGGGAAACACACAAACUUUCAAGAAAAUAUCCAAGCCUUCUAUGCAUCGAGAAGGCAAACCUAUAGUCAAAUCUGUUCCCGUGGCCUUGUACUCUAGCAAGCCGUCUGUUGAGACUGUAGUUCAAGGGAAAACGGAUAGAGGCACCUCGGUUUUGGAUGAUGAUACACCCUCCUCGGCCUCAUCCUUCACUUCAGAAGAAGAGGCAGACCGAACCAUGCCUAGCCCCUCGUUAGCUGAGACUGGUGGGAAUAAGUUCUCGGUUUCUAGCUCGAUAUCUGACGAGGUGCCUAUCAAAUUGUCUAACGUUGAGGACUUUUUCGCGAAAGUGGAAACUCAAAUCAGAAAGGCGCAAUCUCUCAGCUUUUCCGCGUGCCAUUCUCCUCCCAUGGACGAUGAAACAUCGGCCCUAAACACGUCUCCACCCUCAGCAGAAAUGCUCGCAAAAGCAAAAGAUGACAUCGCGAGAUUUCUCCUGAUGCCUUUCCAAGACGUUCUCGCAGCUGAAAACUUCUCCUCUCUAAAUGCUGCGCUCUCUACAUACACGGCUGCUACAGAUCUCUCGAUCGACACCACAUUUGCCUUGAAGACACUCAAAACGAGCCUCCCAGACCUCUGCUCGAGCUUUUGUCGAGCAAAGAAGGACCAGGAAGCGUUCUACACAAAAUCUGCCAAGAAAGUGCUUCUGGUCGACGAGCUCAAAAGAGGCCAGGAGCUCUACCAUGACCUGAAAGACAACCAGGAUAAGCUCGAUUCCACCAUGGAUUCCAUCAAGAACCAAAUCAAUGAGCUGAAGACAAGCUGGAAAGAGGCAAAACAACAGAAAAAAGCGAUUCAGGCACAGAAACUGAGUUUGGCCAAGGAUUCCUUCACAAAAUGUUCUGCACUAGACGAAAUAGAAUCCGAGCUCCCUGCCAUGGAACAGAAGAAAGAAUUGGCUGAUUCAGAUAUCGCCCGAGUAGAGGCUAGCUGGGCAGACUUCAAACACAAACUAAUGCAGCCAUAGCCUCGACUCGUACGUCUAAAUGCUAGAUUUUGCAGGUGCAUGACAAAGCAGAUCGCGCCCGAGCAUGCAAGUAUAUUUUGCUGUUUAUUUUCCAGCUUUGAACAGCAUGCUGAUAUAUAUAUAUAUGUAUAUCCCUUUCAGUAUCUUGGCUCCCAAGAAAGAUGCAUGCAUGCAUGUAAAUACUGCCCGUUUUGUGACAGCAUGCGUUUUGAAUCCUAUGUUUGAUCUAUUUAAUGCUGCUACAUGUAAUCUUUCUGAAUCCCUUUCUGGCUUUCACUAAAAAACACUAAAAAAUAAUAAUACUUUAAAAAAUAAAAAUAAAAAAUCACCCGUAUGGAUAGCUCUAUUGAUUCUUGCCUAAUAAUUCAUGAAUUAGGUGCAUGAUCGAACUCUAGUAACCGCAGUGUAGGAGUUUCAACCUUUUGUGGGGGUGACUUCUUGUGGGCACCAAAUACUUACCUGCUCACCUAAUGGAUAGUUCAAUCUAGAGUGUCUUACCGGUUUAGAGUGUGGGGUCCUUGGGAACCGGUUUAGAGUGUGGGGUCCUUG